GACCACCUCACCCGCAACCACACCCACCCCACCACCCUCUCAUUUCAUGGUAUAAUUGCUGCGCUAGAGCUACCCUUCUUCUACCAGUAUUCUAGACCUGAAUUACAGGCCUGUGUAGUUUUUUCUUUUUAAAUAUGGCUUUUAGUUUAGUGCCAUAUUCAUUGACAUUACCAAUUCUGUGCCUAGCAAUUUGUUCCCUUAGCUUAACUUACUCAGCCUUCACUUCUCAAGACUACAAUGAUGCCCUUGGAAAAUCUAUUCUCUUCUUUGAGGGUCAGCGGUCUGGCAAAUUACCUCCUGACCAGCGGCUCAAAUGGAGGGCCGAUUCUGGCCUGUCCGAUGGCUCCUCUUCUUAUGUUGACCUUGUAGGUGGAUAUUAUGAUGCUGGAGAUAAUGUCAAGUUUGGCUUGCCAAUGGCCUUUACAACUACAUUAUUAGCAUGGAGUGUGAUUGAAUUUGGAAGCUCCAUGCAAAGCCAGAUCCAGAAUGCUAGAUCUGCCAUCCGUUGGAGUACCGAUUAUCUUCUAAAAGCUGCCACCGCCACCCCUGGCACCUUAUACGUCCAACUGGGAGAUCCAAACAAAGAUCACCAAUGUUGGGAAAGGCCUGAAGAUAUGGACACACCGCGAAAUGUGUACAAAGUAACCACUCAAAGUCCAGGAUCAGAUGUUGCAGCAGAGACUGCUGCUGCAUUGGCUGCUGCUUCAAUUGUGUUCCAUGAUUCUGAUCCUUCUUAUUCCACCAAGUUACUUCAAACAGCUAUGAAAGUGUUUGAUUUUGCUGACAAGUACAGAGGAUCUUACAGUGACUCUCUCAAUUCAGUAGUCUGCCCAUUUUACUGCUCUUACUCAGGAUACCAUGACGAGCUUUUAUGGGGCGCAUCAUGGAUUCACAGAGCUUCACAGAAUGCUUCGUACUUGGCUUACAUCCAGUCCAAUGGCCACACACUGGGUGCCGAUGAUGAUGACUACUCUUUCAGUUGGGAUGACAAGCGUGCCGGAACAAAGGUUCUUCUUUCCAAGGGCUUCUUAGAGAAGAAUAUCCAAGAAUUUGAAUUAUAUAAAGCACACUCAGACAACUACAUAUGUUCUUUAAUUCCCGGAUCACCUAAUUUUCAGGCCCAAUAUACCCCAGGUGGACUUCUCUACAAAGGAAGUGAGAGCAAUCUUCAAUAUGUUACUUCCUCAGCAUUCCUCCUCUUGACAUAUGCCAAGUAUCUAAGCUCAAAUGGUGGAGUUGCCUCAUGUGGGAGUUCAACCGUGACAGCACAAAAGCUCAUUUCACAGGCACAGAAGCAGGUUGACUACAUAUUAGGCAAUAACCCGGCAAAGAUGUCUUACAUGGUGGGUUUUGGGCAGAGGUAUCCGCUAUAUGUCCACCACAGGGGAUCCUCUAUACCAUCUGUAAAUGCACAUCCUGAUCAUAUUGGGUGCAAUGACGGUUUCCAGUACCUGCACUCUGGCUCACCCAAUCCAAAUGUCCUUGUUGGAGCCAUCUUGGGGGGUCCUGAUAGUAGUGACAAUUUUGCAGAUGAUCGAAAUAAUUAUCAGCAAUCUGAGCCAGCUACGUAUAUCAACGCACCAUUUGUUGGGGCUGUAGCUUUCUUCUCAGCCAAAUCUACAGCAACUUGACAUGUUGAUUGUAACUUUCAUGAGGGUCCAAACAAACAAACUUGUCAGCCUUGGCGUUUGGCGUGGCACCCCUGAAAGUGGAUUAGGAAACAUAUAUGGUUCCAUUCCCUCGUCAUAAAAAGAUGUAUUAGAAUGAGAAGGAAAACAAAAUGGACUAUAAAAUAUGGUUUGCUACAA